UCUACGUCCAUUCAACCUAAGAAAAAAGCCCCACCCUCUCAACCUGACAAAACCCUAGCAACAUUCGUCCUCAUCUCAAACGGCAAAAGCUUCUCUCUGUUCACGGAGAAAAACAAUGGCGAAAUCAUUGAGGUCGAAGAGAGAGAAGCGGUUAAGGGCCGCGAGGAGAGAGCUCGUUGAGCCAAUUUACGACAAGAAAGAGGCCGCCAAGCUUGCCGCCCAGGAGGCCGCCCUCGCCGCUCCCAAGCUUCCGGUCAGGCCGCCGCCCUCCAAGAACAUGGACAUCGCCUCCGCAUCUCUUUUUGGCUCCGAGGGCUUAGAUGUGGAGAUGGCUGAUGGCAACGAGAGCUCCAAAUUUUUGAAGCCUAUUGGGAAGAAGCUGAAGAAGAAGAUCAAAUUGGCCAAAAGGAAGCAUCACGGCAAGGGCAAAAUCAGGAAGAAGCAUAACAUAACUGCACGAACCGUAGAGCAAAGGUAUUGGAGAGACAGUACGGCAGGCGCCACCGUGUUGGCCCCGCAAAAUAUCCACCGUCACGCCACGUUUUCUCAACUCACUCUUUCUUUAAUGUAUAAGGCAGGUAAAGGCGGAAAAAUGGAAAUGGUUGAAGGGGCUGUUGUAAACGGCGCCGUUUGCUCGACGGAGACAGGAAAUGGAGGUGAGGAUGUGUACAGCUCCAAAGAUUCCGACGCCUUUACCGCAGAUCAUCUCGUUGUUAUGGUACACGGGAUUCUUGGGAGUGCGUUGGAUUGGAAAUAUGGUGCCGAGAAAUUUGUCCAGAGGCAUCCUGAUAAAGUUUACGUUCACUGCAGUGAACGGAAUGCAUCAAAGUUGACAUUGGAUGGUGUUGAUGUUAUGGGUGAGCGACUGGCUGAGGAGGUCCUUGAAUUAAUCAAAAGAAAGCCUUCUCUGAAGAAAAUAUCUUUCAUCGCGCAUUCUGUUGGUGGAGUUGUGGCAAGAUAUGCAAUUGGGAAGUUAUAUAGACCUUCAAAUAAAGAAAUUGGACAAGAAGGAUUACCCGACGUUUGUACAGAUGAGUCAAAGGGUACAAUAGCAAAUCUUGAACCCGUAAACUUUAUUACUGUUGCCACUCCACACCUUGGUUCUAGGGGCAAUAAGCAGGUACCGUUUCUUUUUGGGGUAACUGCAUUCGAGAAAGUUGCUGGUUGUGUAAUUCAUUGGAUAUUCAGAAGAACGGGAAGACACCUUUUUCUUACCGACGAUGAUGAAGGAAAGCCUCCAUUACUCAAGCGCAUGGUUGAAGAUAAUGAAGAAUGCUGUUUUAUGUCUGCUUUACGAUCUUUCAAGCGCAGGGUGGCAUAUUCAAAUUGGGAAGAUUGUGUUGACGAAAAAUAUCCCCACAUUGUGUAUGAAGAACGGUGCAAGGCUUAUGACAAGGAUCAGCAUGAAGAAUCUACAGUUGUGGACAAUGUCCCUGACGAGCUUGAAGAGGAACUUGUAAAUGGCCUUUCUCGUGUGUCGUGGGAAAAAGUCGAUGUGAGCUUUCAUAGUAGCCGGCUCAAGUUUGCUGCCCACAGCGUUAUCCAGGUUAAAGACCAUAACGUGCAUUCGGAUGGUGCGGAUGUUAUACAACAUAUGAUCGAUCAUUUUCUUCUAUAAUACAGCUUCAUGAUAGAGAAGGUGACGAUCUUGAGCUGCUUGUAUGCUUUGCUCGUCUUUUAUUAAUUUUAAUCUUUUAACACGAUUACGAAAACCCAAAUCCGGUACAGGCUGCAGGUUUCUUUGCAGCUUUAUGUGUCGUCUCAUGAUAUACCAUUACUAUUUGUCGGGACAAAAUUGUUUUUUUAUUUGCUGUAAAAUGUAUUUUCAGAUUAAUCAAAUAGUGGAAAAUGUGAGUAUAUGAGCAGUGAAGCCAAGACUUGGCAAUUGGCAAAUCAUGAGUGAGAUAUAACUUUAGCUGGUAUUUAGAUGAUGAAUCACAGAAAAAUGGCCAUUGUUGUGUAUGUAUGAAGAAACCUUUUUUUCAUGUGAAGAUAGUUAGGUGUAUGUAUGAAAAUAAAAAAAAA